UUCCUGUGUGUCUAGAAAUAGGGUGGGGGACGGAUCAACGGAAAGUUACUUGGGGCUGGCCCGAGCAGGGAGGCUGCGGUGGAGCUUGGGCUGAGCCUUUGGGGGAGCCAGGCGGGGGGAUCCCCAGCAGGCAGACGCUGUAGAGUUUGGGUCAGCGACCUUGGGGACCACCUGCAUUUGGUUCACUUCCUGGCCACGCCCCAGGUGACCGGCUUCAGGCCACAGCAGAGCCCAGAUCCUUGUCCUGAGGCUGCCGGAAAACAUGGAAACCUCAUCGCAGUGAAGACAGGUUGGAUUUUUCCCUUCUGCCAAGUAGCAAGGCUUUUCCCCUUGGUUUUCAUGUGGUGGAUCCACAGCCCCUCGGGCCUGCUCCCCUGAGAUGAACUUGGAUGAAUGAGAAGAGCCAGGCCCUAGAAACUGCCCACUGCCCUCUGCCCUCUACCCUCUGCCACUCCUGCUGCUACCGCUGACUGAGGUGAAGCUUGGGCUUGGAAAGACCUCGGUCAACAGAGUCCUCAGCCAUGCAAAAGAAAGAAAUAGACUGUUUGAGUCCCGAGGCUCAGAAACUGGCUGAAGCCCGGCUUGCAGCCAAGAGAGCCGCCCGAGCUGAGGCUCGAGAGAUCCGCAUGAAGGAGCUGGAGAGACAGCAGAAAGAGGAAGAGAGCGAGCGGUACUCUCAUAGAUUCCGAAGAAAUCCAUCGGCUUCUGAUGAAGAUGAGCGCAUGUCAGUGGGUAGUCGCGGAAGCCUGAGGGUUGAAGAGAGGCCAGAAAAGGACUUUGCUGAGAAGGGAUCUCGUAACAUGCCCAGCUUAUCGGCAGCCACGUUAGCCUCUCUGGGCGGAACCUCCUCUCGGAGGGGAAGCGGGGACACUUCCAUCUCUGUGGACACCGAGGCCUCCAUGAGGGAAAUCAAGGACUCCCUAGCUGAAGUCGAGGAGAAAUACAAGAAGGCCAUGGUUUCUAAUGCCCAGUUAGACAAUGAAAAGAUGAACUUCAUGUACCAGGUGGAUACCCUAAAGGAUGCAUUGUUGGAACUGGAAGAGCAAUUGGCUGAAUCUCGAAGACAGUAUGAAGAAAAAAACAAAGAAUUCGAAAGGCAGAAACAUGCCCACAGCGUACUACAAUUUCAAUUUGCUGAAGCAAAAGAGGCCUUAAAGCAAAGAGAGGAGAUGCUCGCGAAACAUGGAAUAAUCCUGAAUUCUGAAAUCACCACCAAUGGAGAGCCUCUGGAUAAUCUAAGUCAUGUGAGCCACUUGGGAUCUCCCAAAGUGUCACAACAGGAAACAAAUGUCAUAAAGUCAUCUAGCGAUGGGACACUUGGAAGAGCGAGUGAAGUGAAGGUGGCCAGUGAGAAUGUGGACAAAGUGGGGGAAAGUGCGGCCUUGCAGAAUCCUGAGUGUGAGCAGCCCCAGGCGGAUUCUGCAGAGGCAGGUGCGGAGACAAAGGCCUUACCUCCUGAUGGGAAUGCAGAGGCAGAAAACCCCUCACAAGACCAUGCCCUGGUGCCAGAAGCAUUAGCCAGCGAUCCAGCCCAUGUGCCAGAAACGCAUUCUGUCCCUGGAAAUACCAACGAGCAGGCUGAACCCAGUGAGGGCGGAGACAGCCUGGGGGCUAGCAUGGAACCCGAUCACCUCAGCGAUUUAAAGAGUAGCAAUAUUGAUCAGAAUCAGGAACCUGCAGGGAGCCCUCAUUUUCUAGGUGAUGUGAUUAGCCAGGACAGGUGCAGUUCCUUAGCUGCUCAAAAUGAAAAGAAAGAAUCAGUAGAAAAGCAGAAAGAGGAUAGUGGGGAAUUAGCUCAGGAAACUGAUCUUGUGGAGACACCAGAUACCGAAAGAAUAGGCGCAGUGAUUGAGGAACUAAGUGAGAAUCAUUCAGAAAGCUUGCUUGAAGGGAUGGAAGCCAAAGACAGGAUGCAGGUAGACAUGGAAGUGGAUAGCAGAAGGGCUAAAGAUGGAGAUGAAAAAGGUGCAAGUCUCAUGAAAGGGGAACAAAGUAAGGAGAAAGAACAUGAGUUCCUAAAGGAGGAGCAAAUCCAGACAGUCCCAUCUUCAAAAGUCAAGGGCAGUCAGCCAGAAAAAAUGGGCCAGAAGGUCACGACUGGUGAAAAUGAAUGCUUAGAUCAGAAUGUGCCCGCAGCAGAGAGAGAUGGCCAGAAAGGGGAGAUAGGUGACUCCUCUUCCAAAAAGUCCAAGAACAAGAAGAAGAAAAACAGGAAGAAAAAGUCACCCCCUGUAGACUCUUCCAAAGAUGUUAAGAAAGAGUUGGUCUUCCAAAACACAGAGGAGGAGGAGGAGGAGGAGGAGGAAGUGAAGUUGGAAGCCAAGAAUCAAGCCCAAGACGCCCUUGGCAAGGUGGUCCAAGAGGAGAAGCCAGAAACGAGGACUGAUCUCGACAAAUAUGUGGAUUGUCCAGAGGAAGCCAAAGCUGAAUUGGAUGACAACCCAAAUCAAGAAGUUGAUAAAGCGGAGAUUCCUGAAGGAGACGUAGUUGAUGACGGCAAAGUAUCUGAGCUCGACAGUGAUGCAGCCCAUCCAUCGGGAGCGGGUGGAAAGGGAGAGGUCAGUCCUUCCGAGGUUGCUGAGGCUGGAAGCAUAGAAGAAGAGUCCAUCCCCACCAAGAAAGCAAUGGAGCAAAGCCAGAUGUCCAAACCGGAAAAUACGGGAGCAGCGAGCAGUGACCCCGAAAAUGAAGAUGCGUCGUCACCCCCUAAUGAUAGCUCUCCCACCGAGAGUAUGGAGGAAAACUUCGAGCAGUCGGAUGAGCAACUAGAGACAGCUGAGGAAGCGUUAGAAAGCAGUAGCCCAGACGGCGAUGAGCACGAAGACCCAGUGGGCAGCCUCAAGGCAGAGUGCAAAGAGGACGCCCAGGGUAGCGCCAGUAAGGACAGAGAUAAAAAUAAAGAAGAAUGCACCAUGUCAUGAGUCAAGGCAGAAGGCUCACAGCCGCUGAUGUAGUGUAGACAGCUAGAAGGGAGAAAGGCACUUUGCAGAAUCAGUCUUAAUAUAGGAAUACUUAGGGGUUUUCUCUCCUGGCGACAACUCCAGAGUCUAGGUUGGUCUGUAUGCACUGUGUGGCAAUCAGUGACUGAAUCACUCACUACUCUCAAUCGCAAAGGUCUCUAUAGGCGCGUAUGUAGUCUCUUGUCAGCUUCAGCCAAUCAUUGCGUUUGCCAUCUAGAUUUUUAAAGAGGGGGCAUGGCUCUAUUACUAUGAGCUCAGGUUGAGCACCAAAUAACUACUAUUAAGGUUCAUUGCUUUAGUUUCCAGUUCAAAGUCAAGGCAGCCUCAGUGCCUUUCAUUUCUGCUCUAAGCCUGUAGACACAUGUGGCUGUGACUGGCCAUUCAUGACACCAUUUUAUUGUCAAGACCAAGUAGCCCUUUACCUGUAACUGAUUGAUCCUCACUUGGGUUUGUCUCUGAUUCCAAUGCCUUCUAUUUAUCAUUCCUAGUAUAUUUAUUUUAAUGGGCACAUUGUGACAGAUACCACAGAUGAUUUCAAGGCAGUAAGCUGCUGAAUAAUAUUUAGGUUACUAUGUGAUAAGAUUUAUGCCUUAUAGAAAUGAAAGUUCAUUUAGACAAUGAAGUUUUGAUGCCUUCAACACCUGGAGGAGUCUUGAAGUCAGAUUACACCUUGACCUGCUGAUCUAGGCACUUCACCCUACAUCAAGCCUUGGGGGCCAUAUUACCAAUCAUUCCUUGAUAUAUAGAUAUAUUUUUGUUUGUUUGUUUGGGGGGGGGAUUAUUUCAUUUUAUGUGCACAUUGCCUAUCUGAUAUAUUUUAUAUAUAACGCUAUUGAGAUAGAUGGGUUUUUUCCUUUAAAAAAAAAGAUAUUUGUUUAAAUUCAUUUCCUAGUACUUUUAAUUUCUAGCAAGAGCACACUUUUGAAAUGAUAGCUUACCUUGAAAAUACCCUUUAUCCUUUUGGCUAAUCCUCCUUGAGUGUCUAACCUUCAUUAACAAGUGCUAUACCAAAAGUUAUAACCAUCACUGUGCAGAUUCCUAAUUCCUAAUGGGCAAGAGAAGGUGUAGGCAGUUGAAUCAUUUUUCACUGUCACCUGCACCAUCAACCCAGUUUGGCUGGUACGUUCUGAAUUUGGUCUGCACACAGGCCCCUGUGUGUUUGCUGCAUAAUGGAAUGUUCUUUUCAAAUGUGGUUGAAUAUUGAAAUCAAAGUGUUCUCAUACAUGAAUGUCAUUGCCAUAUAUCUGGACAUGUUAUGUGAUUUUUAUAGCUGUUACAAAAUCGUUGAAUACAACCAGACCAAAGUUUUAUCAACAUUUGAGGUGUAUAUGAUAAAUGUUGUAUAUAAUUGAAAUAAAGGCAUUUUAUCAUUUUAAAAGGC